UUGGGGGAACAACCUCGAUAAUAAACUCUUACAUUCCAAUAAAUCAAAAGAACAUCUGCAGCUGAGCAAUGACAAACUAGUUGACGACCUCGUCGACGAUAAGAGGCUCUUAGAAGUCAGAGGCGAGAUGAAAAAGGAAAUUGAAAUGCUGAAGAAAGAGCUGGAUAAAGUUCGAGGGAACAACGAGAAAAUUGUUUUGCAAGGUCAGGAUGAUAAAUUACCCCGAAAUGACAUAAAAUCCAGUGAUACUCGUCCAAGAUUAGACCGAGGCAGUAUCGAUGAUUCGAAGGUACAGAAGAAAAAGGAAGAAGCAGAAAAGGGAGACAAUAAUGGUGAAAAGAAAAAGAAUAGAGAUCCCUCAGCUAAGCACCUGAUCCGUGAUGUUGAUGUCACCUCUCAACCACAUAACCCCAAUGGCCCGGGAGAACAUGGCGCCGGGGUUCGGACCAAACUAGAGGAACAGGCCAAGGUCAAGAUCGGCUGGGACCAUGCCUACUUCAACGAGUACGUCAGUGAUAUGAUCUCGGUGGAGCGGUCGGUACCCGAUGUCAGGCACAACUUGUGUAAGACGAAGGAGUAUUCCGACGACCUCCCACGGACCAGCGUCAUCAUCUGCUUCACAGAGGAGUCGUGGUCGACCCUCUUACGAACUGUCCACAGCGUGCUCAACCGAUCUCCACCCGAGCUUAUCGCCGAGGUCCUCCUGGUCGACGACUUCAGCCAAAGAGACUACCUCAAGGAACCCCUUGAUGAGUACAUGAAGAAGCUACCUAAGGUGAAGGUCGUGCGCCUGCCCAAGCGAGAAGGGCUCAUUCGAGCACGACUGAUCGGGGCCGAGAUGGCUCAGGGGCCCGUACUCACCUUCCUCGAUUCGCACGUUGAGUGCAACGUCGGGUGGCUCGAGCCCCUGCUGCAGCGGAUCCACGACGACCCGACCAACGUCGUCUGCCCAGCCAUCGAUGCCAUCGACGCGACAUCGUUCGAGUACGCCGGGUCCGGAGCUACAAUCAUCGGUGCCUUUAACUGGGAAAUGAAAUUUACAUGGAAUGGAAUCCCGGAAUACGAGGCGAGGCGGAGAGACGAUGAGUCAUGGCCAAUCAGAUCGCCAGCGAUGGCCGGAGGGCUGUUCUCAAUUGACAAGGAUUUCUUCUACCGUAUCGGCACCUACGACCCCGGCUUCGAUAUCUGGGGUGCUGAAAACCUGGAACUAUCCUUCAAGAUCUGGAUGUGUGGUGGCUCACUAGAGAUCAUCCCAUGUUCUCGAGUAGCGCAUAUAUUCAGGAAACAACAGCCCUAUAAAUUCCCGGAUGGAAAUGUAAAAACCUUCAUGCGGAACACCAUGCGUCUGGUGGCCGUGUGGGUGGACGAACCUUACAGGGACAUCUUCUACUCCCUCAAGCCCCAGCUGAUGGGGCAGGAGUACGGUGAUGUGUCCGAUAGGAUCAAGCUACGUGAAGAGCUGAAGUGCCAUGACUUCCAGUGGUACCUGGACAACGUCUACCCCGCCCUCAAGGUCCCAGAUACAAAAGUCAGAGCAAGGGGAGAUGUUAGGAAUGCUGCCACCUCGAUGUGCCUUGAUUCGAUGGGGAAGGGUGUUCUGGGAAUGUUCCCAUGCCAUGGAGAGGGAAAUAACCAGGCAUUCACUUUGACUUGGGAUGAUCAGUUAAAGCAUAAGAACAAAUGUUUGCCGAAGAUUAAGACCCCUGGUCAGCUCAGGAUGCUGGGAUGCAAUAUGGCCAGUACUGCUCGUAUUACACACAUAAAGGGAGAAACGAUACGUGAUACAUCCUCCGGCAAGUGUCUUGAUCUGAACGCAGACCGUACCAUGGCCAUCUUCAAUCACUGUAAUGGUUCUAAGGCACAGCGGUGGAGGUUCUCACGGUACUUCGACAGGAAAGGCCGUGUCAUUACUUAAAGGGCAAUCCAAAUUUUUAUGAAAACAUAUAAAUGAGAGUAAUUGAUUGAAUAAAGAUUUAUAUUAAUUAUUGGAUCAUUAGCAAAAGACUUAUGAAAGUUUGAAAUAUAAAAUCACUACAUCUGUGUGAAUCUCAACUCAGCAAUUUGCUCAGUGUAUUGUGUGGCAUAGUCCCGUGCAACUCCCAAAUUUCGAAAAAAUAUCAUUAAUUUCUGUUUUCCUCCUACCUAAGUGCCUACUCCAUUGGAGAACUACUUAAACUGAAUUAUGGAUAGCAUAUUGUUAUAGUUCCUCUAAAACGAAAAAGAACUUCUUGAGUCAUCAAUUUCGAUAUGUUAGUCAUUUUGUGUGUUAAACAAAUAGGAAAGUUGUCCAGCAUCAAGUCAUGGUGACAUUACCGAUUCAGCCUAUUU